AUGUUUCCAGAAGAAACCCCAGCUGGACUUAUUGCUGAGAACCUUCUCAAAGCCAAAGAAAUAGCCCUCAAUGACUCUUGUGUUCCUGAAAAGCUCAAGAAUUACUUACAAAAAGCUCUUGAUGUUGCUCUUGGACUAGACCCUUACCUGGAUGCAAUGGCAACUUUAAAGAGGAAAACUUCACCUGACCAUGGCCCAGGGGAUGCUGGAGGAACUGAAGCCAGAGUUAGGCUGCAGGAAGAACACGCCUCUGGCUCUUUGAACGGCAAGUUGGUCAACCAAGAGGAUAAAAUUGCACCAGAUUGGUGCCAAAUUUUUAGGAUGUUUGUUCAUAUGACCAGAGCCAGGAAGAUUUUAUUAAUUGGCAAGCUUAAAGGUUACAGUAUCCUUGCUAUCGCAGAAGAAUUGCCAGAUGAUGGCAAAAUCUUUGCAUGUGCAGAAGCGCCGUAUCUCGGAGUGAACAGCCAAGAAGCAUUUGAUUAUUCUUCAGAUGGUAAAAAGAUAAGCAUGCGAGUGGGACCAAUGGCAGACACUUUGGAGGCAUUACAUGCUGAGGAUGAGCACUUUGAUAUAGUCUUUAUUGAUGCUGAUCAAAGAAAUGCUGUUAACUACUACAGCUUUGUCAUGGAUAACCACUUGCUGAGAAUGGAUGGAGUGAUCUGUGUAGAGAAUACACUCAUGAAAGGACAAGUCUACCUGGAGAACAUAUCUGAUAAAAAUGUACUAGCUGUCAGAAAAUUAAAUACAGUGAUUAAUUCAGAUCCUCGUGUUGAGCAGAUAAUUUUACCUGUACAGAGUGGACUGAGCAUCAUUCGAAGGAACCCUGCACCUCCAGAUGCAGUGAUUGAAUCCAAGAAAGAAGUGGUGAGGGAUGACGUCUUCUGGGGUUACAGCAGGCGCCGCAUCCUUGACCGGCUGCGUUUGGAUGGCAAGGUGGCCUAUGUCACAGGCGGAGGGCAGGGAAUUGGAAGAGCCUUCGCUCACGCUUUGGGGGAAGCCGGUGCUAAAGUAGCCGUUGUGGAUCUGGUCCUUGCAAAGGCAGAAGCGGUGGUGUGUGAGCUCAGCCUCAAAGGGAUUAAAAGCGUUGCCCUCGCAGCAGAUGUGAGCAAACCCGAGGAUGUGCAAAGGUUUGUGGAUACAAUUGUAGCUCACUGGGGCACGAUUCACAUUGCAUGCAACAAUGCAGGAAUCAAUAUGAACUCUGCAAGUGAAGAUACUUCCCUAGAAGAAUGGGACAAAACUUUUAAUGUUAAUUUACGAGGAUUAUUUUUGUGCUGCCAAGCUGCAGGCCGCAUUAUGCUGAAUCAAGGAUAUGGGAAGAUAAUUAACACAGCAUCUAUGGCAAGUUUAAUAGUCCCGCACCCGCAGAAGCAGUUGGCGUACAACGUCUCGAAAGCCGGGGUCGUAAAAUUAACACAGACACUGGGAACCGAGUGGAUUGACAGAGGAGUAAAAGUCAACUGCAUUUCCCCGUAA